CAUUUUCAUUCAUCGUUUUCGUUUGAUUGCAACGCGCCCGCCGCCACUGCUAUAAAAGUGAAAGAAUAAAAGUUUAUUGUUUAACUUUGGUAAUUGAAUCAUUAUAAUAUAAGGAAUAACAAUAAUUACUAUUGCAUUUUAAAAUUUAAACACUUUUACAAUGGCUAUGCAACCCCAUAGUAAGAAAAGGGUUUGCUAUUACUACGACAGUGAUAUUGGGAAUUACUACUAUGGGCAAGGACAUCCCAUGAAACCACACCGUAUACGUAUGACACAUAAUUUACUGCUCAAUUAUGGGUUAUACAGAAAAAUGGAAAUUUAUCGCCCACAUAAAGCUACUGCUGAUGAGAUGACUAAGUUUCACUCAGAUGACUAUAUUCGGUUCCUUCGAUCAAUCAGACCUGACAACAUGAAUGAAUACAAUAAACAAAUGCAACGAUUUAAUGUUGGUGAGGAUUGCCCAGUGUUUGAUGGCCUAUAUGAAUUCUGCCAACUAUCAGCUGGAGGAUCUGUGGCUGCUGCUGUUAAAUUAAAUAAACAGGCAUCUGAAAUUUGUAUCAACUGGGGUGGAGGACUGCAUCAUGCUAAGAAAUCUGAGGCGUCAGGCUUUUGUUAUGUAAAUGACAUUGUCCUCGGUAUAUUGGAGCUACUGAAGUAUCACCAGAGAGUCUUGUACAUUGACAUUGAUGUGCACCAUGGUGAUGGAGUGGAAGAGGCUUUUUACACAACUGACCGUGUCAUGACAGUUUCUUUCCAUAAAUAUGGAGAAUACUUCCCUGGGACAGGUGACUUGCGGGAUAUUGGCGCGGGAAAGGGCAAAUACUACGCGGUAAACAUUCCUCUACGCGACGGCAUGGAUGACGAGUCCUAUGAAUCAAUCUUUGUGCCCAUCAUCUCAAAAGUCAUGGAGACUUUCCAGCCUAGUGCGGUGGUUCUACAGUGUGGAGCGGAUUCUCUUACAGGUGAUAGACUUGGUUGCUUUAACUUGACGGUGCGUGGUCAUGGACGUUGUGUGGAACUGGUGAAGAGAUUUGGCCUGCCAUUCCUUCUUGUUGGUGGGGGAGGGUACACAAUUCGCAAUGUCUCCCGCUGUUGGACGUAUGAAACAUCAGUAGCACUUGGUGUUGAAAUAGCAAAUGAGCUGCCAUACAAUGACUACUUUGAAUACUUUGGUCCAGACUUCAAACUGCACAUAUCUCCCAGCAACAUGUCCAAUCAGAACACACCUGAAUAUUUGGAAAAGAUUAAGAACAGGCUAUUCGAGAAUCUUCGCAUGCUGCCUCAUGCACCUGGAGUUCAGGUGCAAGCUAUUCCAGAAGAUGCAGUCAAUGAUGAAUCUGAAGAUGAAGAUAAAAUAGACAAAGAUGAAAGGCUACCUCAAAGUGAAAAGGAUAAGCGCAUAACUGGUGAAGGCGAGCUGUCGGACUCUGAGGACGAGGGCGAGGGUGGGCGACGCGACAACCGCUCGUACCGCGCCCCGCAGCGCAAGCGGCCGCGCCUCGAUAAGGACCUCGCGCACCACAAGGACGACACCAACAAUGAGGAUUCAAAAGAUGAUGUCAAGAAUGUGAGCAAUUUGGAGGAACCAAAAAAAGAAGCGACGCCUAGCGCCUGAUCCGGGCGCUAAGACCACGUGGAGCACAGGACUCGGUGGUUUGUGACCUUAUCGGCGCCAUCGUUAACGGAGAUUCUCCUAGUGUGUGUGUGACAGUGCAAGUGUAGUGCUCUUGUAAGACUGCAGUUGAUUCCCAGUUUAACCUGUGAUGUGCUCCGUGAGACUAGAAUCAUUCUCCUAGUUAUUUCUAUUAAAUUAAGAUAAUGAGUUCAGUAAAAUGUUUGAUUUUUAAUCCAUUUAUUGAACACACUUAAAAUUCAUACCUAUAUUGGGGUAUGUUGAUAACUUAUUUUGAUCUUUGAUCUCAAAAUAAUAUUUCAAUGACUGUUUCUGUUAUGGUCAAUAUUAUGGUUACUAAGAGUGGAAAGAAGCGCGCGUAAAGGAAGCCUUCCUAGUAAGUCUACUAGCGCUCCAGGCGUGAUUUCUAUGGCGCCUUUUUAUUUUACCAUGCAUUUUGAUGGGUUAUGUGAGACUAUAAUAUAAAGACCUGUGGCGCCUCUUUCUGUCCAGGGCCGUUGGCAAUCUCCAAAUACCGUCUAUAUCCAAAAUUGUGUUCUGUUACGUCUUGUGCGAAAUAACAAUUUCUUAUGUUAAUGUUCUCCGUUCAAACAUUGAUUAUAUUCAUGUCUUUAAUGUACAUGAUGUUAAUUAUGCUAUCUUAGAAAGAAAAUUCUUUAUUUUUUGACAACUUAUGCUGCAAUAUGCAAAUGGAAUGUUUUUAUAUUACCUUAAGUCAUAGUCUAAACUUUCCCUAUUUCUAUGAUGAUUUAAUAAAUAGUAAUAACAAUGUGUCUCUUAUAUAUUUAAGAUUGGUUAAUUAGUUAAAAUUGUGAUUAGAAUUUCUUGAUAACAUGAAUAUUAGAGUAAGUGUAGUAUAAUAAUUUUAUUUUUAUAUUGUGAUGUGAGAACGACGACUUUUGUUGCAUAUACAUAUGUGUAUAUAAUAUGUUGUCCAUUUUUAUAAUUUCGCAUACAUCAAGAACUUACAGGUGUAAGGCUGAUGUUUUUUCAUUAUAUUAAUUUUAUUAUUUAAAAUCAUACUUGUGUUAAAAUUCUUAUAUAUAUAUUAUAAAUUCAUAAUAGUGGAGUUCUAGUACUACUUCAUGAUUCAAUCACAAGAGCAAUGUGUCAAUUCAUUUUUUGAAACACCUUUUGUUACACUUAAUAUAACAAUCCUUGACUGUAUAUCUAAGCACUAUAAAAUACUUAAAUUCACUUCCAACAUGUAGCAAACCAACACAUAGACUGAUUUUCAAUAGAAGUAAAUAGACAGUGUGUAUGUAUUUUUAAAUGUGAUUCAAAUUGUAAAAGUUAUAAAACAGAUUUUUUAUUUCAUAAAAUGUAUGCAAACCUAUAAUUUUGUUACAGACCGAAUUAAAAUAUUUCCACGUUCGUUCAUGCGCAAUUGUUAAUAGAAUGAUUGUUGAGGUGCGAAUGUCAUUUGUUAAGGAUGUAAAUAUAGUACUAAUAUAAUUAAAUACAUACAAAUCA